AUGAAAGAGAAAGGGAAUGGACCACCUCCACCACCUCCAACGGCAUUACCUCCACCGCAACCACCACCUACCCCUCCAUUGUCGCCACCUCCACCGCUACCUACCCCGCCAUGGCUGCCACCUCCACCACCGUCGAUGGUGGUAGGCCUACAUUUCAUUUUAACUGCCAGCUUGAAUAAACAUGGCGACAAAGGUUUGUUAGCUUUAUGCAGGAACAUAAUGAAACGUAGGGCAACAGCAAACUUGGAAUUAGAAUUGCAUGGAGGACUUUCUCAGGGUUCAAAUUCGCAGUCCCAUAGUUCCCAUGGUUCACAAGAAGAGGACGUGGGGACUACUGAAAGCAAUGAGUUAAGACCACCGAAGAAGACUCGGGGCCCCACACGUUGCGCAAAUGUGGUACAACAUGACACCAAAAAGAAUGGCCUGAUACCAUUAAGGUGA